AUGCUGCUGGCAGGUCUGCUAUUGCGUAACGUUCCUUACAUAACGGACGCCAUCUUCAUCGACACUCGCUGGUCUGCAGCUCUGAGGAACAUCGCCUUGUCCAUCAUCCUGACCAGAGCUGGUCUGGGCCUCAACCCUGAGGCUUUACGUCGACUGAAAGCAGUGUGUGUACGUGUUGCAGUUGGACCCUGUAUGGUGGAAGCCUGCAUUGCUGCUGUGGUCUCUCACUUCCUGCUGGGUCUGCCAUGGGUUUGGGGUUUCAUACUGGGUUUUGUACUGGCUGCCGUUUCUCCAGCAGUUGUUUUUCCUUCAAUGCUGCUCCUGCAGAGAGAAGGAUAUGGAGUGGAGAAGGGAAUCCCCACCCUCCUGAUUGCUGCUGGAAGCUUUGAUGUUAUUCUCGCCAUAACAGGAUUCUCUACUUGUUUGGGAAUCGCCUUCUCUACAGGUUCUACAUGGAUGAACAUACUGAAGGGUCUGCUGGAGGUGGUGGGAGGCAUCGUAGCUGGUAUGAUCCUGGGAAUGUUCUUGUACUGCUUCCCCAGCAAUGACCAGGAGGAUCUGGUCUUGAGGAGGACCCUCAUGUUGCUGGGUCUGUCCACAUUUUCAGUCUUCUUCAGUAAUGUUAUUGGUUUUGCUGGAGCUGGAAGUCUCUGUACACUGGUGCUGGCUUUCCUGGCUGCACUGGGCUGGAAGACUGAAAAGGCACCAGUAGCAGAAAUGGUGGGUCGGUCAUGGGAUGUGUUUCAGCCACUCCUGUUUGGUCUGAUUGGAGCUGAGAUCACAAUUAAAGCCCUCAGCCCAAGUACUGUGGGUCUGGGUAUGGCCUGCAUUCUUAUUGGUCUGGUGAUCCGUCUACUUGUCACCUUCCUGUUGGUUCAUUAUGGAGGAUUCAACUUAAAAGAGAAGCUCUUCAUUUCUGUGGCCUGGGUGCCUAAAGCUACUGUGCAGGCUGCCAUUGGUUCCAAGGCAUUGGACAUGGCGAGGGAGGAAGGGGACGAGGCCUUAAUUAAGUUUGGUUUGGACGUGCUAACAUUAGCGGUGUUAGCCAUCUUGACCACAGCUCCAGUUGGUGCACUGGGUAUCGGACUGGCAGGACCCCGUCUCCUGGCCCGGCAGGUCAAAGAAGAGACAGAAGGCGAAGCUACACCAUCUUACCUGUGAGAUUACUACACUAUCUUAUCCACCUUUACUUCUAAUCAAAUAACUGUUGAAUCAUUAUACGGCUAUAAGCGAUGGUAGACUGGAAAGAAUG